AAAUAGACCUACAAAACCAAACCAGUUACGGUGUUAGUAAGUUUUAAUCUUUACACAUUUUAACUUCAUUGACAAGCGCAUCUUAAAUUGUUAGAGAUGUUUGUGUUUAUCUGGUGCUAUAUUUGUUUAAAUUUGCUCGUAUUAUCGUCGUCAACAAAAGAAUGCGGAAGGAUUAAAUCUUCGCGAGAGGAAGUUUUUCCAUGGACAAUCAAUAUUUAUCAAUCGAAAGCGGGAGGAGAACCCAAACUGAUUUGUUCCGGAACUUUAAUAUCCGAAGGUCUCGUACUUUCAUCCGCAAGUUGCUUUUACGAUGACACUACACUCGAAUUUAGAAAAGAAAAAUUGUUUUUAACUAUAGGCCAUAAAUACAAACAAUGGGCAUCGCAUCAGACCAACAAUUCUAUCGAAAUGAGACAGAUUUUUGGGAACGAAGUGGUGAAGCCCAAAAAGUACAACGGUUUCGUCGGACGAUAUAUCGAUAACAUUGCUAUUGUCAAAUUAGGUGAUGGCAAGAAACUAAAAAAGUACCCGCUAGCAUGUUUGGAUUGGGAUAAUGCAAUUACCGAUGCGGUGUUAGAAGAAAAUAGUCUCGUGUUGAAGAUUGGGGUAUGGCCACCGGGAUUAAAUCCGGCGAUGAAACUCCUGGAAGCCCUCUAUGUAGACCAUGACGUAUGCGAAUACUUUCUAAAGUCCAAAAAUGUCCGCGCAUUUUUGACCUAUGAUAAACACUGCAUUAAAUUAAAAGAUACCAGUAUGACACCCAUCGUUGGUAGUGGCCUCUUUGCGUUAUCAGACGAUAGAUGGUAUUUAAUCGGGAUAACCAGUGAAAUUACUUCUGGAGAUUCAGGCAUCUAUGUAACAUAUACAAAACUGCGGUCUCAUAUGAAUUGGAUUUCAAACUCUGCUUAUUUAGAUCUAUAACAGUCUGUUUUGAAUUUCAAAAAUUGUGAUACUAGUUAGUACUGUAUAUUGUUGAAAAUACUGCAAAUAAAUCUUGGUUAAACAGUGA